AUGGAUGGUGUAAGGAAACCCGAAGCUUUGUGGUCAAACUCUAAAGACUUUAAGGAAAAUGGCAUCUGGGAUGACAUGCAAAAUUAUGGAGUCUCUAACCCUCUGUGGACAGCUGUGUUUGAUUAUGAGGCCACGGCAGAAGAGGAACUAACCUUACGGAGGGGGGAUCUGGUAGAGAUACUGUCUAAGGAUUCUACGGUCUCAGGGGACGAAGGGUGGUGGACAGGAAGGGUCCGAGACAAAGUGGGCAUUUUUCCAAGUAAUUAUGUGGUAAGCAAUCCUAAGUACACCACCAUCAGGGGAUCUCCAAGAGAAUGCCCCCACCCACUGGAGAUAGCCUUCGAGGAGUUGCAGUUAGAAGAGAUCAUUGGGGUGGGGGGGUUUGGGAAGGUCUACAAGGGAAUGUGGAAACAGGAGGAAGUAGCAGUGAAGGCCGUCCGGCACGAUCCUGACGAAGACAUUAACGUGACGGCCGAAAAUUUCCGACAGGAAGCCAAACUCUUCUGCAUGUUGAAUCAUCGCAAUAUCAUAGCGCUAAAGGGUGUGUGCCUGAAACCCCCCCACCUCUGCCUAGUCAUGGAAUACGCAAGGGGUGGACCAUUACACCGGGCCCUUGCGGGAAAGAAAGUUCCAGCUCAUGUGUUGGUCAACUGGGCCGUUCAGGUAGCUCGUGGAAUGAAGUACCUUCACAGUGACGUCAUCGUACCCAUCAUUCAUCGCGAUCUGAAAUCCAGCAACAGUAAGUGUGAAGGGAGUUUAUACGCUAUACUUGUAUAUGGUCAUACGGUAUAACGUAUCCUUUAUAUAAUCUGCAUUACACCAUACUAUAAGAGAAAUUACUAUCUGAUUAUCUGGGAUUGUACUAUAAAUGGCCCGUACCGGUGCUGUGUAUACAUGGCGUGGUGUAGUAGUGUGCAUAAUUGGAGGCUGACAAUGCCUGCAUUGUGUAUAUGGUGUGUGAGGAGCGGGUCUAGCACUGCCACCAUGUAUUCCUUGUUAUGGUGGUAUAUUGUGUAGAGAGGGGGUCUGGCACUUCCGCUGUGUAUACAUGUUAUGGUGGUAUAGUGUAUAGAGAGGGGGUCUGGCACUGCCACUGUGUAUACAUGUUACUGUAUUACUAUACCUCAGUACUGUGCCUGUCUCAGUACCUGUUCAUGUGGUGGGACUGUCUCAUUAUCAGUACUAUAUGAUUUGUGUGUGGGGGGGGGGACUGUCUCAGUACCUGCUUUGUGUGAGAGCAUGGUGGGACUGUCUCAGUACAUGUACAGCGCUACGGAAUUUGUUGGCGCUAUAUAAAUAAUAAAAUAAUAAUAAUAAUAAUGUACUGUGUGAGAGCAUGGUGGGACUGUCUCAGUACCUGUACUGUGUGAGAGCAUGGUUGGACUGUCUCAGUGUGAGAGCUUGGUGGGACUUUCUCAGUACCUGAUCUGUGAGAGAGCAUGGUGGGACUGUCUCAGUACCUGAUCGGUGUGAGAGCAUGGUGGGACUGUCUCAGUACCUGAUCGGUGUGAGAGCAUGGUGGGACUGUCUCAGUACCUGUACUGUGUGAGAGCAUGGUGGGACUGUCUCAGUACCUGUACUGUGUGAGAGCAUGGUGGGACUGUCUCAGUACCUGUUCUGUGAGAGAGCAUGGUGGGACUGUCUCAGUACCUGCUCUGUGUGAGCGCAUGGUGGGACUGUCUCAGUACCGGAUCUGUGUGAGAGCAUGGUGGGACUGUCUCAGUACCUGAUCUGUGAGAGAGCAUGGUGGGACUGUCUCAGUACCUGCUCUGUGUGAGAGCAUGGUGGGACUGUCUCAGUACCUGCUCUGUGUGAGAGCUUGGUGGGACUGUCUCAGUACCUGAUCUGUGUGAGAGCAUGGUGGGACCGUCUCAGUACCUGAUCUGUGUGAGCGCAUGGUGGGACCGUCUCAGUACCUGAUCUGUGUGAGCGCAUGGUGGGACUGUCUCAGUACCUGCUCUGUGAGAGAGCAUGGUGGGACUGUCUCAGUACCUGCUCUGUGUGAGCGCAUGGUGGGACUGUCUCAGUACCUGAUCUGUGUGAGCGCAUGGUGGGACUGUCUCAGUACCUGUACUGUGUGAGAGCAUGGUUGGACUGUCUCAGUGUGAGAGCUUGGUGGGACUUUCUCAGUACCUGCUCUGUGAGAGAGCAUGGUGCGACUGUCUCAGUACCUGCUCUGUGUGAGAGCAUGGUGCGACUGUCUCAGUACCUGCUCUGUGUGAGAGCAUGGUGGGACUGUCUCAGUACCUGCUCUGUGUGAGAGCAUGGUGGGACUGUCUCAAUACCUGCUCUGUGUGAGAGCAUGGUGGGACUGUCUCAAUACCUGCUCUGUGUGAGAGCAUGGUGGGACUGUCUCAGUACCUGCUCUGUGUGAGCGCAUGGUGGGACUGUCUCAGUACCUGCUCUGUGAGAGAGCAUGGUGCGACUGUCUCCGUACCUGUACUGUGUGAGAGCAUGGUGCGACUGUCUCAGUACCUGCUCUGUGAGAGCAUGGUGGGACUGUCUCAGUGUGAGAGCUUGGUGGGACUGUCUCAGUGUGAGAGCUUGGUGGGACUGUCUCAGUGUGAGAGUUUGGUGGGACUGUCUCAGUACCUGCUUGGUGGGACUGUCUCAGUACCUGCUUGGUGGGACUGUCUCAGUGUGAGAGCUUGGUGGGACUGUCUCAGUACCUGCUCUGUGUGAGCGCAUGGUGGGACUGUCUCAGUACCUGCUCUGUGUGAGCGCAUGGUGGGACUGUCUCAGUACCUGCUCUGUGUGAGCGCAUGGUGGGACUGUCUCAGUACCUGCUCUGUGAGAGCAUGGUGGGACUGUCUCAGUACCUGCUCUGUGUGAGAGCUUGGUGAGACUGUCUCAGUACCUGCUCUGUGUGAGCGCAUGGUGGGACUGUCUCAGUACCUGAUCUGUGUGAGAGCAUGGUGGGACUGUCUCAGUACCUGUACUGUGUGAGAGCAUGGUUGGACUGUCUCAGUGUGAGAGCUUGGUGGGACUUUCUCAGUACCUGCUCUGUGAGAGAGCAUGGUGCGACUGUCUCAGUACCUGCUCUGUGAGAGAGCAUGGUGCGACUGUCUCAGUACCUGCUCUUUGAGAGAGCAUGGUGCUACUGUCUCAGUACCUGCUCUGUGUGAGAGCAUGGUGGGACUGUCUCAGUACCUGCUCUGUGUGAGAGCAUGGUGGGACUGUCUCAGUACCUGCUCUGUGUGAGAGCAUGGUGGGACUGUCUCAGUACCUGCUCUGUGUGAGAGCAUGGUGGGACUGUCUCAAUACCUGCUCUGUGUGAGAGCAUGGUGGGACUGUCUCAGUACCUGCUCUGUGAGAGCAUGGUGGGACUGUCUCAGUACCUGCUCUGUGUGAGAGCUUGGUGGGACUGUCUCAGUACCUGCUCUGUGUGAGCGCAUGGUGGGACUGUCUCAGUACCUGCUCUGUGAGAGAGCAUGGUGCGACUGUCUCCGUACCUGUACUGUGUGAGAGCAUGGUGGGACUGUCUCAGUACCUGCUCUGUGAGAGCAUGGUGGGACUGUCUCAGUACCUGCUCUGUGUGAGAGCUUGGUGGGACUGUCUCAGUACCUGCUCUGUGUGAGCGCAUGGUGGGACUGUCUCAGUACCUGCUCUGUGAGAGAUCAUGGUGCGACUGUCUCCGUACCUGUACUGUGUGAGAGCAUGGUGUGACUGUCUCAGUACCUGCUCUGUGAGAGCAUGGUGGGACUGUCUCAGUACCUGCUCUGUGUGAGAGCUUGGUGAGACUGUCUCAGUGUGAGAGCUUGGUGGGACUGUCUCAGUGUGAGAGCUUGGUGGGACUGUCUCAGUGUGAGAGCUUGGUGAGACUGUCUCAGUGUGAGAGUUUGGUGAGACUGUCUCAGUGUGAGAGCUUGGUGGGACUGUCUCAGUGUGAGAGCUUGGUGGGACUGUCUCAGUGUGAGAGUUUGGUGGGACUGUCUCAGUACCUGCUUGGUGGGACUGUCUCAGUGUGAGAGCUUGGUGGGACUGUCUCAGUACCUGCUCUGUUCUUGUUUUUAAUAUUACUAUACAAACCUCUCUCGACCUUUUGCACAGUCUCUCUCUCCAGAAACCUGUUUGACUUUCCCUACAAAAGGAAGUAAAAGCCAUUCUCGUGUUAGAUUAACUUAUUCCCUGCCAGGGUGCUGCUGGCCUCCCACUGAAACUGUAAAAAUAUCUUCAGCGUUAACUAUAAACCCCGCACUCGCACAAUGAGUGACUGAUUAGCUUCUGCCGCAUUACCCCAGUGCAGCACGUAGUCAGUGUUUCAGGUAACCCAGAGAGGGCUGACUCCAGGCCCUCAAUCUCAAUGUCCGAAGCUGGUAAAGCACGGCAGAACUUCGUUAUUCUGGGGGGGAGACGUAAUUAGUACAUUCUGUUGUUUUAAGGGAAUAAAAUCCGUUCAAUUUUAAGUGGUUUUGGUAAAGAGGGUUACGGCUGUUUUUAUCCUCUAUCUCUUCUCUGUGCGCCUCAAGAGCUUCAAAGUUAAAAUAUAAAUGUAGACAUGGACUUCUUUAAAUAAAAAUACAAUGCAAUAAACAGAAACGCAAGACCCUCGCUGGUCUCAGUGCAGAACAAAACAACAUCUGUACAAAUGUUCUCCUUCAAAAAUAGUGCUCAUUGACACUGUGUGUGGGUUUGGACUACAUUUCCCAGGAUGCUGUAUUGUUGGUGAACAUCUGGAGAGCCAGUGUUUCCAGCAGGGGUUACAACAUGAGUUUAUUAACAGGGCCUUCCCCCAGAUAUCCCGCCCCCAGCGCCUUCACCCUUCUAAUAGUUGUCUGUGUUGGACAGAACUGAUUUGGUAAUGAGAAUAUGUAAAAUCCGGCGUUACGCUAUGGGUGCAAGGGAAAGCAACAGGUCUUGUCAUGCCAAUACCAAACAUCAAAAAACGGGAGAGUGCCCCUGGAGUUUUAGCACCAUAACCACAACACUGAACGGUAGUGGUUAUGGUGCUUGGACUGUCCCUUUAAUAGCCAGUCUUUUCCUCUCUUAGUGUUUUGUUAUUACCUAAGACAAUGUCACAGUGAAUGUUGCUCAGUGAUUCCGUGCAUUUUUAAUCUACGGUAAAUUCUGUCACUUUUGUGUUUUACUCAGUUUAUAGUUAUUGGUUUACUUGGUAAGUGCUAACACAUACCACAGCGCUGUACAAUGGCUGUCACGACAUACCAGUAAUGUUAGCUUUUGACAAGUUAAAAGUUGGGGACAGAAGGAAGGGCCUUUGUUUAAAAAAAAAAAAAAAAAAAAAAGUUCAAGUCAGGUUCUGCGAACGUCUCACCCUAAGUGGGGAAAUGGGGGAUCUAGUGGUAGUAAUAAAAAUAGCCUUUUAUUAAACCUUUUUAUACAUGAAGGCAGUAACAGUGCGGUGGCAGGGAGUGUAUCCAACCUCUGUCACUGUAUCCAUUACAGUGAGAAGGAUUUCUGUAUAAUUCCAUUAGGAGAGCCACGGUAAGAAAGACAACCUGACUUCUGCUUAUAAAUUAUAAAACAGGGGAGUGUAAUGCUGUUUAAUCGUAGCACGUCAGCUGCAGUGACAGGGACAGGCUGAGUGUCCCAUAGCUCCUUCUGUCUGUGUCACCCUGCAGUGAGAGGGACAGACUCCGUGUCCCAUAUCUCCUUCUGUCUGUGUCACCCUGCAGUGGGAGGGACAUACUCCGUGUCCCAUAGCUCCUUCUGUCUGUGUCACCCUGCAGCGGGAGGGACAGACUCCGUGUCCCAUAGCUCCUUCUGUCUGUGUCACCCUGCAGUGGGAGGGACAGACUCCGUGUCCCAUAGCUCCUUCUGUCUGUGUCACCCUGCAGUGGGAGGGACAGACUCCGUGUCCCAUAGCUCCUUCUGUCUGUGUCACCCUGCAGUGGGAGGGACAGACUCCGUGUCCCAUAGCUCCUUCUGUCUGUGUCACCCUGCAGUGGGAGGGACAGACUCUGUGUCCCAUAGCUCCUUCUGUCUGUGUCACCCUGCAGUGGGAGGGACAGACUCCGUGUCCCAUAGCUCCUUCUGUCUGUGUCACCCUGCAGUGGGAGGGACAGACUCCGUGUCCCAUAGCUCCCUUCUGUCUGUGUCACCCUGCAGUGGGAGGGACAGACUCUGUGUCCAUAGCUCCUUUUGUCUGUGUCCCAUAGCUCCUUCUGUCUGUGUCACCCUGCAGUGGGAGGGACAGACUCCAUGUCCCAUAGCUCCUUCUGUCUGUGUCACCCUGCAGUGGGAGGGACAGACUCCGUGUCCCAUAGCUCCUUCUGUCUGUGUCACCCUGCAGUGGGAGGGACAGACUCCGUGUCCCAUAGCUCCUUCUGUCUGUGUCACCCUGCAGUGGGAGGGACAGACUCCGUGUCCCAUAGCUCCUUCUGUCUGUGUCACCCUGCAGUGGGAGGGACAGACUCCGUGUCCCAUAGCUCCUUCUGUCUGUGUCACCCUGCAGUGGGAGGGACAGACUCCGUGUCCCAUAGCUCCUUCUGUCUGUGUCACCCGGCAGUGGGAGGGACAGACUCCGUGUCCCAUGGCUCCUUCUGUCUGUGUCACCCUGCAGCGGGAGGGACAGACUCCGUGUCCCAUAGCUCCUUCUGUCUGUGUCACCCUGCAGCGGGAGGGACAGACUCCCUGUCCCAUAGCUCCUUCUGUCUGUGUCACCCUGCAGUGGGAGGGACAGACUCCGUGUUCCAUAGCUCCUUCUGUCUGUGUCUGUCUUUUUCCUUAUUACCAUGUAGCGAAUAACUCCAUUCAUUUAUAGGAUUGUACUAUGGAGAAUUUGAUUGACAGUAUGUUUUGUUCUUUUUUUUUUUUAUUUUUCUCACCCACAGUAUUGAUCUUGGAAAAAAUUGAAAAUGAUGAUUUAUUUAACAAGACAUUGAAGAUCACAGAUUUUGGGCUGGCGAGAGAGUGGCAGAAGACGACCAAGAUGAGUGCGGCGGGCACCUACGCAUGGAUGGCCCCAGAAGUCAUCCGACUAUCGCUCUUUUCAAAAAGCAGCGAUGUGUGGAGGUAAUGGGCAAUUCUGCUCAUACUUGGCUCUGCAGAAAGGUGUCCUGGGGGGUAGUUAGUGCAUAGUGCCAUGCUCCUUCCAUUAUUGUGUAGGAAGCUACCAUCCUUCCUUUCUCUCUACCUAUCAGGGUGAAGCUGUGAGGCUCUCGCCAGGUUUGCGAUUUGUUCUCCCAUUUUGUGUCUCUUUAGAGUUUAUAUAAUGUAUUUAUGCUGUAGGUACUUAGCCUUACAAUGUGCUGUAGAUACUUAUAACUGCUUCUAUUUGCAGUUUUGGAGUUCUAUUGUGGGAGUUGCUCACUGGAGAGGUGCCAUAUCGGGAGAUCGAUGCUCUCGCCGUAGCGUACGGAGUGGCUAUGAACAAGCUGACACUACCGAUCCCAUCCACGUGUCCCGAGCCCUUUGUACGGAUCUUGGAAGGUAAUCUGGAUUCAUAAUAGAUUAUUAAUCACUGUCAUUGUAUAAAAAUCACACAAUUCCUAAUAAUCUCUCAGGUCUAUCGUUCUCAUCAGCCCAUAGUGUUUACCGUUUUAUAUCAUUGUUAUAGUGUAAGCCAGUAUUUAAAAUCUUAACUUUCACAGUUUUACUAUUUUUUGCUUCAUUUUGUCCAUCACCAUGAUAUAUGUAUAGGAUCCAUACGUUGACCUGCCUUUGUAACACCCACACGUCUGUUCCAUCUAAAAUGAAAAGCAUUAUACAACCUAUGUAAAACAAAUCUUUCCUUUAACGAUCCUACAACUAAUUGCACAGGCAGGUGUAAGCUACAGGAGAUACCACCAAUCCAGAGCAUGGGAUUCUGGGCUAUGGUGUAAGCUACAGGAGAGCCUCCCUGACCAAGAGACCCCACCAAUCAGGAGCAUUGGAUUCUGGGCUAUGGUGUAAGCUACAGGAGACCCUCCCUGACCAAGAGACCCCACUAAUCAGGAGCAUGGGAUUCUGGGCUAUGCUGUAAGCUACAGGCAGACCCUCCCUAAACCAAGAGACCCCACUAAUCCGGAGCAUGGGAUUCUGGGCUACGGUGUAAGCUACAGGAGACCCUCCCUGACCAAGAGACCCCACCAAUCAGGAGCAUGGGAUUCUGGGCUAUGCUGUAAGCUACAGGCAGACCCUCCCUAAACUAAGAGACCCCACUAAUCCGGAGCAUGGGAUUCUGGGCUACGGUGUAAGCUACAGGAGACCCUCCCUGACCAAGAGACCCCACCAAUCAGGAGCAUGGGAUUCUGGGCUAUGGUGUAAGCUACAGGAGACCCUCCCUGACCAAGAGACCCCACCAAUCAGGAGCAUGGGAUUGUGGGCUAUGGUGUAAGCUACAGGAGACCCUCCCUGACCAAGAGACCCCACCAAUCAGGAGCAUGGGAUUCUGGGCUAUGCUGUAAACUACAGGCAGACCCUCCCUGACCAAGAGACCCCACCAAUCAGGAGCAUGGGAUUCUGGGCUAUAGUGUAAGCUACAGGAGACCCUCCCUGACCAAGAGACACCACCAAUCAGGAGCAUGGGAUUCUGGGCUACGGUGUAAGCUACAGGCAGACACUCUGUAAACCAAGAGACCCCACUAAUCAGGAGCAUGGGAUUCUGGGCAAUGCUGUAAGCUACAGGCAGACCCUCCCUGACCAAGAGACACCACUAAUCAGGAGCAUGGGAUUCUGGGCUAUGGUGUAAGCUACAGGAGACCCUCCCUGACCAAGAGACCCCACUAAUCAGGAGCAUGGGAUUGUGGGCUAUGGUGUAAGCUACAGGAGACCCUCCCUGACCAAGAGACAUCACCAAUCAGGAGCAUGGGAUUCUGGGCUAUAGUGUAAGCUACAGGAGGACCAUCCGUAAACCAAGAGACCCCACUAAUCCGGAGCAUGGGAUUCUGGACUAAGGUGUAAGCUGCAGGAGACCCUCCCUGACCAAGAGACCCCACCAAUCAGGAGCAUGGGAUUCUGGGCUAUGCUGUAAGCUACAGGCAGACCCUCCCUAAACCAAGAGACCCCACUAAUCCGGAGCAUGGGAUUCUGGGCUACGGUGUAUGCUACAGGAGACCCUCCCUGACCAAGAGACAUCACCAAUCAGGAGCAUGGGAUUCUGGGCUAUGGGGUAAGCUACAGGAGACCCUCCCUGACCAAGAGACAUCACCAAUCAGGAGCAUGGAAUUCUGGGCUAUGGUGUAUGCUACAGGAGACCCUCCCUGACCAAGAGACACCACCAAUCAGGAACAUGGGUGUGACGAAAUGCCCUUCGCCACUUGGUCCUGGAGUGGCCUGCUUGCCAGCCUCCUCCCCUAUGACUCUUUGAUAUAUUUGGAUUGAAAGCCCCUAUCCUACCUUCAGACAGACUAUUUAUGUAGGCUGCUUUAUUUAUCUUAAGCUACAGGCAGACCCUCCCUAAACCAAGAGACCCCACUAAUCCGGAGCAUGGGAUUCUGGGCUACGGUGUAAGCUACAGGAGACCCUCCCUGACCAAGAGACAUCACCAAUCAGGAGCAUGGAAUUCUUGGCUAUGGUGUAUGCUACAGGAGACCCUCCCUGACCAAGAGACACCACCAAUCAGGAGCAUGGGAUUCUGGGCUAUAGUGUAAGCUAUAUGCAGACCCUCUGUAAACCAAGAGACCCCACCAAUCAGGAACAUGGGUGUGACGAAGUGCCCUUCGCCACUUGGUCCUGGAGUGGCCUGCUUGCCAGCCUCCUCCCCUGUGACUAUGACUCUGAUAUAUUUGGAUUGAAAGCCCCUAUCCUACCUUCAGACAGACUAUUUAUGUAGGCUGCUUUAUUUAUCUUAUGUUUUAGUCACCCUGUAACCAUUAUAGGUGCAGGGUGUGUGUAAUGUAAUUGUUUAUAGUAUGUGUGUGUGUACUGUGUAAUGUAUUGCCUGCUCUCCUGUACUGCUGAGGUUUGCUACCAACUAGGUGGGUUUGGCUAUGGAGCUUGUCUAGUGCCCUCUGUUGGCAGCAGCAGCAAUAUGCACUACCUGAAUUGCAAGACUGGUUCAUUUGCAUAUUCGAGUAGAUUUGCAUAUUGCUAAUUCUGCAGGCAGGUGAGAUAUUUACUGUUAAAUAUUGUCUCCCCCACCCCUUUAAAAAUGUGCCAUUGUGUUGUGAUAAGUCACUGUGUGUUGCCUGCUAUGGUUGACUGUUUUUGAUUUUAUUGAGGUUUCACAACAAUGUUAUUGUGGUGACCCUAUGGGCUGGGCCCAAGGGAAAUAUAGGUUUAGACAGUUCUUCUUGAUCCCUCUAAAUGUAGCCUUGUCUCGUUAUUGGAGGGAGCUGUUAUAAUCUCACUGGGGAUUGCUAUGCUCUGCAUGCUCCCCUGAGCUUGAAUCACUUAGCUCUUUUAAGAGCUUCUUCCUGACACGCUCUCCUUGGAGGACGGGUCUUCACCACACACCCUGAUUGCUGGAGGUUCAUACGGGGUGGAAGGAAGAGGUCUUUCCCACACAGUCCCACACAGUCCUGGAGAACAGAAGGUGAUCCAGGGUGGAAGGAAGACAGCGAGACUCCAGUCAAGCUACAGCGGUUGCGGAGUCUGCGGUGGUUGUGGUGUCCGGUGUGGUGCUUGUGGUCCUCGGCGCAAGCUAGGAAGCGUCCAUCAACUGAGGGUACUCGGUCGGAGUACGGGGAGCUCCGUUACAAUGGGAUUCUGGGCUAUGGUGUAAGCUACAGGAGACCCUCCCUGACUAAGAGACAUCACCAAUCUGGAGCAUGGGAUUCUGGGCUAUGCUGUAAGCUACAGGAGACCCCCCCUGACCAAGAGACCCCACCAAUCAGGAGCAUGGGAUUCUGGGCUAUGGCGUAAACUACAGGCAGACCCUCCGUAAACAAAGAGACAUCACCAAUCCGGAGCAUGGGAUUCUGGGCUAUGCUGUAAACUACAGGCAGACCCUCCGUAAACCAAGAGACCCCACCAAUCCGGAGCAUGGGAUUCUGGGCUAUGGCGUAAGCUACAGGCAGACCCUCCGUAAACAAAGAGACAUCACCAAUCCGGAGCAUGGGAUUCUGGGCUAUGCUGUAAGCUACAGGCAGACCCUCCAUAAACCAAGAGACCCCACCAAUCCGGAGCAUGGGAUUCUGGGCUAUGGUGUAAGCUACAGGCAGACACUCCGUAAACAAAGAGACAUCACCAAUCCGGAGCAUGGGAUUCUGGGCUAUGCUGUAAGCUAUAGGCAGACCCUCCGUAAACCAAAGGACCCCACUAAUCCGGAGCAUGGGAUUCUGGGCUACGGUGUAAGCUACAGGCAGACCCUCCCUAAACCAAGAGACCCCACCAAUCCGGAGCAUGGGAUUCUGGGCUAUACUAUCUAUUAUCCCAUAAUGUCCUGUCCUGCAGAUGUUCAUGGGAUAAGUUGUUUGUCUUACAGGAGCAGUUCCAAUCCUCACAUCAUAUGAUAUAGCUCUGUAUUCCAUCUGAUCGCAGAAAUAGAGCGACAUCUAUCAGAUUUUGAACAGUCUGGUUGAGUCUUGUAAACAGGACUGUGUGCAGCCUUUCCCGAAACUGCCAAUCCCACAUGUUUGUGGCCGAAGCUUAGAUUUCUGGUGGCGAUGCUUUGUGCGUAAAUGUAAAUGGAUAAAUGUGUUUGCAUUAGCCUUUAAGGAAAGUGACACAGCAAGGAAUUAAAUCAAAACUCCUGCUUUGCUGUUUUGGAGCUGGGGAAAGGGGGAGGUGUCUGGCUUGAACUUUGUUGUAAUUUCUACAAAUCAUAUACAAUUGUUGGCAUAUACAAAGCCUUUUUAUGCUCGGUUCCUAUAGAAACAGCACAGAAAGACUCUAAUUGAAACUUGUUAUACUUUAUAUUAUGCCGUGCUACAGAUUUUGGUGUUGUGGUUGUUGUUUUUAAUUGUGCUCAAAAUAUUUUUUUUAUUUUUUAUUACAAUUAUAUUGUGUGCGUUCAUUAAUAAUACAUGUGCACAACAAACUGAUAUAAUGCAAAUGAUGUAGUAAAUGCUAUACACCAUAUACUUAAAUCAUGCGCACAAAUUAAGUCGUGCAGCGUGAGUGGGCCUCCGUACUAACCAAUCCCAUGGCUACGUCUCAUUGGCUGAAUGAGUACAUAUGGUGAUUGGUUAUUGUGCUUUGCUACUACGGAGCCCUGGAUGGCACAUUCAUGCCGCCAUGCUUUGCCACGCUCCCUGGCAUUGCAUUAACACAAGUACAUCAUGAAUACAUUCCCAUAGUGUGAAUGUUCUAUAGAUGUGUGUGUGUGUGUGUGUGUGUGUGUGUGUGUGUGCGCACAGUGUGUUUACUUUGGGAACUAUAUUUAAUAAAUUAUGCGUAUAACUUAAUGGAUUGUGUGGACGAUUUUAAAAAAGCAAUCAUGCAUGGCAUCUCUAGGACUCAAUGAUAUUACAGUGUUGCUGCAUUCCUCCCACACAUCCAUUGCCCAAGCAGUGACUUACUGACUGCUAGCAAUCUAUUCGUGACCUCACAGUCUAUACCGGCUGAUAAUCUAACGUCCCAUCUUAAAACGCAUGCUAUGAUUUCAAUAUUAAAAAAAAUAAAAUACUUUAUGAUGGGAUUGCAUUCUUUUUGCGUGAAUAUAAUGCACAGGCUCGACCAGCAUGUUACUAUGUUAAAUAAAACACGCUUGGAUAAUUCUGUGAAGUAUUCCAUGUUUUGGAGAUUGUGGAUGCUAGGGGUGACUGUUAGACUUUUGAUGUACUGACACCAUGUUUUUAUACAUAGCUUGCUGGAACCCCGAUGCUCACAGCCGCCCAUCCUUCUCCUGUAUCUUGGAGCAGCUGAUCACCAUUGAACAGUCUGCAAUGUUCCAGAUGCCACUGGAGUCCUUCCAUUCUCUGCAGGAGGACUGGAGACUGGAGAUCCAGCAGAUGUUCGAUGAAUUGAGGACAAAAGAGAAGGUAAAGGUCGGGCUCGGAGGUUAGCUGUCUGGGAGGAAACAAUGCUUAGCCAUCAUGUUCUGGGAGGAAACAAAGUUUAGCUGCCAUGUUCUGGGAGGAAACAAAGGUUAGCCGCCAUGUACUGGGAGGAAACAAAGGUUAGCUGCCAUGGACUGGGAGGAAACAAUGGUUAGCCGCCAUGUACUGGGAGGAAACAAAGGUUAGCCGCCAUGUACUGGGAGGAAAAAAAGGUUAGCCGCCAUGUACUGGGAGGAAACAAAGGUUAGUCGCCAUGUACUGGGAGGAAACAAUGGUUAGCUGCCAUGUUCUGGGAGGAAACAAAGGUUAGCCGCCAUGUACUGGGAGGAAACAAAGGUUAGCUGCCAUGUACUGGGAGGAAACAAAGGUUAGCUGCCAUGUACUGGGAGGAAACAAAGGUUAGCCGCCAUGUACUGGGAGGAAACAAAGGUUAGCCGCCAUGUACUGGGAGGAAACAAAGGUUAGCCGCCAUGUACUGGGAGGAAACAAUGGUUAGCCGCCAUGUACUGGGAGGAAACAAUGGUUAGCCACCAUGUACUGGGAGGAAACAAUGGUUAGCCGCCAUGUACUGGGAGGAAACAAAGGUUAGCCGCCAUGGACUGGGAGGAAACAAUGGUUAGCCGCCAUGGACUGGGAGGAAACAAUGGUUAGCCGCCAUGUACUGGCAGAAAACAAUGGUUAGCUGCCAUGGACUGGGAGGAAACAAUGGUUAGCCGCCAUGUACUGGGAGGAAACAAUGGUUAGCCGUCAUGGACUGGGAGGAAACAAUGGUUAGCCGUCAUGGACUGGGAGGAAACAAUGGUUAGCCGUCAUGGACUGGGAGGAAACAAUGGUUAGCCGUCAUGGACUGGGAGGAAACAAUGGUUAGCCAUCAUGGACUGGGAAGAAACAAUGAUUAGAUGUCAUGUAUAGACUGUAAGCUCGUUUGAGCAGAGUCCUCUUCAACCUAUCGUUCCUGUAAGUUUAUUUUUAAUUGUCUUAUUUAUAGUGAAAUCUCCCCCUUUUAUAAUAUUGUAAAGCGCUACGGAAUCUGUUUGCGCUAUAUAAAUGGCAAUAAUAAUGAACUGGGAGGAAACCAUGGUUAGCCGUCAUGGACUGGGAGGAAACAAUGGCCUCCAGUCUCUUCUGUCUGUAUCCUACGUGAUCAGCAUGAGAAACCUGAAGAUGGAAGUUAAUCUAAAUUAUAGAUGGUGACCAGAUCUUCCAAAGGGAACCUAUCAGCCGUCAAAAAAAGCAAAGCUUAAUACCUUAUGCAGUUUAUAUGAAGGGAGAUACCUCCUGAGUUGGUGUUUAAACAGCUCCAUCUGUUGAUUUUGCUCAAACCUCAGCGUCGCCGGUUAAAGGACCACUAUAGUGCCCUGAGGGUGCCCCCACCCUCAGGGUAACCCUCCCGCUGGGCUCUGGAGAGAGGAAAGGGGUUAAACUUACCUUUUUUCCAGCGCCGGGCGGGGAGCUCUCCUCCUCCUGUCCGCCUCCGAUCCUCCUCUUCGGCUGAAUGCGCAUGCGCGGCAGGAGCUGCCAGUCUCAUAAUGCUUUCCUAUGGAUGCUGGCGUUUUCUCACUGUGAUUUUCACAGUGAGAAGCACGCAAAUGCCUCUAGCGGCUGUCAAUGAAACUGCUAGGUUUAUUUUUUUUAAAAAAGGGUUAAUCCUAGAGGGACCUGGCAUCCAGACCACUUCAUUAAGCUGAAGUGGUCUAGGUGUCUAGAGUGGUCCUUUAAUUUACUGGUACAAAUUCUCUGGGGUGAGUGUGCCAAGGACACUGCUGACUGGUAGGCCUUUAGUAAUUUUGGACUUGAAAUAGUGAGCCAUUUGCAUUGAGUGAUAAACCUAAUUGUGUCCAAGCCAGAUAAAAACAAAAUGUGAUAUUAUGUCUGAAAAUAAUAAAAAAUAUAUUGCAAUAUUAUUCAAACAUAACAUUGUAUUUACAUUUAAUUAUUGAAUACUACAUAACGGUCAUUUAUUUUAAUGUUAAUUGUUCAUGUUUCACUUCAUUAUUUAUUGCUAUUCUGAAAUUUACUCAAAUUCAAAUAGUUACAUUCACAAAAUAAUCAUCUUACUGGGAAGAAUACGUUGAAAUGUUGCUUGCUAAAGGAACACUCCAGGCACCAUAACCACUGUAGCAUGCUGGAGUGGUUAUGGUGCCAGGAGUAAACUUAUGCUCCCCCCCCCCCCGUAAGCAAUCAAACAAUUUGAGAACAGUUUACUUUGUACAUGGGGUUUGUGUGGGUACCACUCACCACCUCCACUGUUUCAGAGAGAGAGCCAGAAGCUGUGUGUUUGCAGGGCUUAUCUCACUGGCUGAGCGCGAUCAGCUGACGCCAGUUUUCAGGUACAAUGUCUGACGGCGCCGGUAGAAAAUGUCCUGAGUGAUGCAAUGGUUAUUGCAAAAAAUGCAUUCACAAGGCAAGAUGUACCUUUAACUACUCAUUGUGUCUGCAGGAGAUGGGGGACAGGGUAAAGGGGCUUUUUUUUUUUUUUUACAUUGGGUACAUAUUUCAAAUGAUCCGUGUUUUAUAUAAUUAGUACUUAGUACAAACAGUCAUUUUGUCUACAAUUGAAUUGAAAAAGUUUGGCAAAAUUCACGGCAUUGGAAAACAUGUAAAAAUAAUUGGGGUGGAUGUGCCCCCUCCAAAAAGCAUCUAUAUUAAAUUAAUAAUUUCAGGUUUGUUGCCAUUUUAUUACAUCUCACACAUUGAUUAAUGAGGUCUCUCAGAAUGCCGUCAAUAAACUAAUAUUGUCACUGGCCUGUUUCCUUAACAAGAACUGCACAUUAUUACAAAUCAUGCAAAGGGUUAAAUACGGGAGUGUAAAUUAACACAUGGAUUUUAUAACCUGGAAAAAUUACAUGAAUUAAACAGUUUAAUGUUUUAUUUCAUUUUAGUUUUACUUCUUUUUUUAUUUUACAUUAAAUUUCUCUCCAUUCUCCAUUAGGAGCUGCGCAGUCGGGAAGAGGAGCUUGUACGAGCUGCUGAGGAGCAGAGGAACCUGGAGGAGAUGUUGAGGAGGAGGGAGCAGGAGCUGGCUGAGAGAGAGAUCGAUAUUGUGGAGCGGGAGCUGAAUAUAAUUAUGUACCAAAUGUAUCAGGAGAAGCCUAAAGUGAAGAAACGGAAGGGCAACUUCAAAAAGAGCCGCUUAAAGCACAAGGAUGGAAAUCGUAUCAGCUUACCCUCAGGUAGACAGCAGCUAUGGGCCAUACCAUGAUUUGCAGUGGGGUACGAUAGAGGCCUGUGAGAGCAAACUGUUAACAACAGGGGCUAAUCUAAAGGUUUAUGGAACUAAUAAUUUCAUGCAGAGUGGAUACUACAAAAGCCUUUGGGAAAAAUCAAUUUCCUGUAAUUUGAAAUCAGGCUUAUUGAGAACAAACCAUGUUCAGCAGUGGGGAAACUUGGAGGCCAGUUCAGGUAUAGGGGAUAUUAUAAAGCCUAUGUGAGUAAAACAUUUGCAAUGAAGUGGAAUGAAUCCUACAAGUACGUAGAAAGCAUAGAGAACAAAUCAUUUUUUGAUACAGUGGAUAAAGUAAGUAUUCUGUCAAAGGUUUAAAAUAUCCGUACUCGAGGAAAUUUAGAUAAAGGACAACAGUCUUGGAAUUUUAUACACAAAUACAUUAAAAAAUAUAGUUUGUUGUGAAAGAUAAAACGCUGUUCAAAACAUCUAUGUGAGACGGCGUCAACCAACACACCAAUAAAUGUAACGCCUGGUCCUGGUAUUGUAAGAGCACAGGGAAUUGUGUCUCGUUUAUCUGCACAAUUAUUUUAUCUCUCCUUUUAUACAAUCCCAAAUGUCCAAACUGCCCGUCAUAUUAUAGCUCCGCAUUUAUAGUGUGCUGUUGUACAAUUCUCAUUUUUAUUGCAUUUAAUGAAACUUAUUGAAAUAUUUUGAUAUUUAUUUAUUUAUUUAUUUUUUUAGAGAAAAUGUCCUCUUCUUUCUGUCUGAGCGGCCAUGUUGGGUCGGACUCGACCGUUAUCUGACCAACUGCUGCUCCACCUAACGUGCUGUAACUGCUGCAGGUUCACACAGAGCGAUCACAGCAGCAGCAAGUUAGGCUGAGCAGAAGUUGGUCGGAUAACGGUGGAGUCCUACCCAACAUGGCCGCUCAGACAGAUAAAAAGUUUGUCUUUCUCAAAUAGAAUCAAUAUUCAUCAAUUCAAAAAUAUUUAAUUGUUUUAUUAAAAAAUAUAAACUUAUAAACAUGGAUAGUGAAAAUUUGAUGUCCGCUGUCCUUUAAUGUUGUGUAUAUCUAAAGAGUAUAAUUUGAGCAAAACUAUUUGCUGUCACAGGGAGUCUAUAAAGAUCUGUGGAGAGCAUUAUUUUAUUUCUAUUUACAAUUGUUACUCCUGUAACGAUUUUGAUUCAUUUAUUUGGAGAGGAGGAGGUCAACUGACCUUUUAGGGUACAUGGUUGUUGUAUGUGAGGGCCAUGUGAUGAUCUUGGCGUGCAAAAUAUUCACACUUGUUUUUUUCUUCCUUAGGUUUUGAACAUAAAAUAACGGUACAGGCAUCCCCGACCUUGGACAAGUGCAAAGGUCAAGGGACGAGUAACUGCAGCCCCCCAGGAAGUCCUCUCCUAAUCCCACGGCUUCGAGCCAUCCGAUGUAUGUUAUUCUGCUAUUUCCUGCAGAAACCUAGCUAUUAUUUAUUUCAAAAAAUAAAAAAACCUGCCAUUUAUACACCCUACACUCGUUAAAAUGAGGGCUCAACAGCACCAGGCAGGAUCAGGAAACCUGGUAUCGUGUUAUAAAAUAUUACAUUAAGGCCUUAUCCUGUGGGAGCAGACCUUCCUCAAGCCAGUGGGUCUGUAAUGGAGAAGCUCCAGGAAUGUGGAUAGUCAGUCAAUAGGUUUUUGUAUGUUUAGUAACGCUGGGUGCCUGGCUUUGAUUAAGAUAGUUGGUUUAUUGAAGACGGUUUUCCAGUGAUAUUGUUUAGCCUGGGUUUGAUUAGGAAGAGCGGAGAGAUCUCCUAAGCAUCAAUCCUCUAGAUAAGUAGUUCCAAAAUCAGUCUUCCUAGUCCACCAACAAGUUUUAUUCCAAUACAGAUACUGACCAUGCCUGAACUGUUGGUGGCUCGUUAGGACUGGUUUGGGAACCACUGCUAGAUAAAGCUAUUGUGGCACUCAUUGUUUAUUAAGGCCACAAAUCCCAGCGCACUUUGUGGUUAUCUAUACUAAGGCUACCCAGCAUGCCAUGACCAGGCUGCUGUGUGACGGAGAUGGCCCAUGAAAAGCAUGUCUGAGCAGGACCUACUCUAAACUUAGUCUUAACUCGAUUCAGCUCUUUUCUACUCAAUUCCAACUGAAACAUGUUGGGUGUGUGAUGGAUUACGGGGUAGCAAUGUGACUAAAUGGGAUUAUUGCACUACUUAAAUCCCAGGAAGCUAAAGAUAUCAAUGGAAAACCAUAGGCAUCUUAUUUGUACAACUUCCUCGAUUUAAUAUUUUUUUUAUCAGCUUUUCAAUGGUUUACAAUUUUUGGAUAAAAUUUUACAAUGGUCAUAUAUAUAUAUAUUUGUGUACAGCACAAUAGAGGACGUAUGAAAUAAUAAGAAAGAAGCAAAAUGUGGUAAGAGCAAAGUCAGUUGAGGUGUGCCGAAACUGACGUGAGUUUAGACCUGUAAAAGAGGGCCCACCUAGGUGAAGUGAGAAUAAAUAGAGGGUGCGGUGGGUUCAUAGUGUCUCCCACAAUUACAGGCCAAGCUUUCUAUAUAUAUAUAUAUAUCUAUAUAUAUAUCUAUAUAUAUAUAUAUAUAUAUAUAUAUAUAUAUAUAUAUAUAUAUAUAUAUAUAUAUAUAUAUAUAUAUAUAUAUAUAUAUAUAUAUAAUAUAUAUAGAUAUAUACAUAUAAUUUAUUUAUUGUUUUCUUAUAUUAAAAUUUAUAUAUAUUAUAUUUCUUGAUAUUUUAAUAUUUUGAAAAAAAUAUUUUUAAUGUUUAUCUAAAAAUAUUACUCAUCUGCAAAGCUUAUCCAAAAAAUAUUAAAUUGAAGCUAUAACCAUCUAUCCUUGGUCAAUAAUUGUGGGUACUCAAAUCAUUUUUAUGCAGGCUGCAAUAGUGUUUAGGAAGGUCCUUAGUUGGCUGUGGAACACGGGAGAGCUACAACUUGACUUCCUUUUAGGUCAAAUCAGAACAAUAGCCUUGUGACAAAAUCCCCAUUUGUAGAGCUGUAAAGGGCAAAUAAAUCCUGAUUAUUUUGAUGUGUGCGUGGUUUCUUUUACAUUAUAGUGACCCCAGUGGAUGGCAGUAAGACAUGGGGACGUAACUCCAUCGUCAAAAAAGAGGAGGUGACUUCCAACAAGAAGAAAGGCCGGACGUGGGGCCCCAGCUCUACUCAGCCCAAGGAGCGAGCUGGUGGUGAAGAGAGGUAAAGAUGGCAAGUGUACAUCCCUUCAGUUCCUAACCUUCUUCUGAGAGCCACCAGCAUCCAGAGUGAAGGCACCUUUGGUGUCUCUUUAACACCACUGGAGUCUGGCUUUUGUCACAGUCUGCAUGGAUCAGACCCGCUAGGCCGGCCUGCUAAGCUCACUUCAGUGUUAAGCUUUUCACCAGGAUGGGGCUGGUAUAACCUCAGGACAAAUCCGUUUUUGUUGGAGUCCAAAUGAUGACACCUCUGUGGUGAAUAAACAAAGUGUUGUGACACUCCUGGGGACAGGUAUGGGAACCAUCUUACCUCCUGGUAGUUUCUGGGUGAAGGCCCAAAAACCCCAGGUAAUAAUAUUCAGCAUAAAGUCCAACAGGAAGGAUACAUAUUGAAGUUUUAAUGAAGGAACAAAUACAAAUGAUGUAUUAAAGCCAAUAAGUAUCCUUACUGUUGGACCUGUGGGCUUAUACUGAACACCUCUCUGGUGAAUAAAUAGUUUUCUGUUUAUUAAAACUUUUUUAUUUGGACUUAGAAUAGCUUUCCAAAAGAUGAAGAAAGCUGCCAGCCUGGAGUAAUUCCAUUUUCUGAGCAGAAUAUACGGUUCUGAUCCAGGUUCAUGUAUUUUCUCUCAAGAUAGGACAUAUCUGGUACCCCAGUACUUGGUAAUAUAGAGCAUUCGUAGCACUCUGUAAUAUAGAGAAUCCCUGGCACUCUGUGAAUUGGGGCACCCUAGAAUUUGGUAAUAUUUGGCCUCCUUGGUAUUUGGUAAUAUAGAGCAUUCAUGGUAUUUGGUAAUAUAGAGAAUCCCUGGUACUCUGUGAAUUGGGGCACCCUAGAAUUUGGUAAUAUUUGGCCUCCUUGGUAUUUGUUAAUAUAGAGCAUUCAUGGUAUUUGGUAAUAUAGAGAAUCCCUGGCACUCUGUGAAUUGGGGCACACUAGAAUUUGGUAAUAUUUGGCCUCCUUGGUAUUUGGUAAUAUAGAGCAUUCAUGGUAUUUGGUAAUAUAGAGAAUCCCUGGCACUCUGUGAAAUGGGACACCCUAGAAUUUGGUAAUAUUGGGCCUCCUUGGUAUUUGGUAAUAUAGAGCAUUCAUGGUAUUUGGUAAUAUAGAGAAUCCCUGGUACUCUGUGAAUUGGGGCACCCUAGAAUUUGGUAAUAUUUGGCCUCCUUGGUAUUUGGUAAUAUAGAGCAUUCAUGGUAUUUGGUAAUAUAGAGAAUCCCUGGCACUCUGUGAAUUGGGGCACACUAGAAUUUGGUAAUAUUUGGCCUCCUUGGUAUUUGGUAAUAUAGAGCAUUCAUGGUAUUUGGUAAUAUAGAGAAUCCCUGGCACUCUGUGAAAUGGGACACCCUAGAAUUUGGUAAUAUUGGGCCUCCUUGGUAUUUGGUAAUAUAGAGCAUUCAUGGUAUUUGGUAAUAUAGAGAAUCCAUGGCACUCUGUGAAUUGGGGCACACUAGAAUUUGGUAAUAUUGGGCCUCCUUGGUAUUUGGUAAUAUAGAGCAUUCAUGGUAUUUGGUAAUAUAGAGAAUCCCUGGCACUCUGUGAAAUGGGACACCCUAGAAUUUGGUAAUAUUGGGCAUCCUUGGUACUUUGUAAUAUAGGACAUACCUUCCCUGAUGAAGUAAGCGCAGUCCUACGAAAGCGUAGGAAUUCAGUGAUCGCCAUAGUGUUUGCUGUCUGUAUUGACGUCUCCCGGAUACCAUACCGGUGUAGCAGGUGUGUAUGCACUGUGGUCUGUGGGUGGUGGAAACCACACUGGCAUUUACCAUAUAUCACAAUUGGUUUGCUGUAUCUAUAGUGCCUGUACAUUCGCACAUCACUCGGUAGUACCUUGGUUUGGGUUUUUAAUGCAUUUUAUGGUUCAAUAAACAUAUUAAACUGCACUUCUAUUCCUGAUAUUAUCUACGUACCUCGUAUAAUAAAAAGCCAUUGGAAAUCAAGGCUGAUCUUUUGUUAAAGAUGAUCAUUUUCCUAUUCUGCAGGUUGAAAUCCUUGGGAGAAGGCAGCAAGCAGUGGUCUAGCAGUGCACCAAACCUUGGAAAAUCGCCCAAGCAUACCCCCAUUAGUGCGGGCUUUGCCAGCCUCACCGAGAUGGGUACGUACCUGAAAUUGGAACAACAAAAGGCUUAUUUGUUUGGGGUUGAUAUCAAGGCCUGGAAAAAAGAAGUGUAUUCUUUCCAUAAACCCUUUAAAGCUUAUACCGCAUCUCACAUUAAAGAGGCGGCAAUCCCAUUUCUAAUAUAUAUUAUUAUGUAUAACGUUCUUUCUAUCUAAGUUUACCAAUCCCAUAUCAGCAAUUCUGUUUAUAGGAGGAUUUCAUUCACAGCAGCGCCCCCUAGUGAUUUUUCCGAAGCAGGUUCAGAGCGGCAGCCAAGAUUGCGUCCCAUGAUUAUAAAUUGUGCUUCCUGAAUGCGUGCACCGCCAGUGUAACCGCUCACCAUUUUCAUGUAAAACGCAUUGCUGCCACACUGUUACAGACAGUAAUUACAUACAAGGAGCCGGCACAUCUCUGGCUCUACUCCAGGACGGGGAAUACAGUCUGUUUGUUGGGGUGGCUGACAUUCAAAAUCAGAUAUUCUGUAUAAAAGGGGAUUUAUAAAGAAUAAAAUUCAAACCGUAACUUGCCAUAUGGACCCUAAUUUAUGCAUUUCCUUUGUGCAAGGUUUCUGGAAUCAGCCAGUGUAUAUUAUUUAAUUAUAUAUAUCAGCUGGUGUAUAUUAUUCUAUUAUAUAUCUAUAUUAGCGUAUAUUAUAUAUCUAUAUUAGCAUUUAUAUAUCUAUAUUAGCUGGUGUACAUUAUAUUAAUAUAUAUAUAUCUCUAUUAGCAUAUAUAUAUGUUAGCCAGUGUAUAUUAUAUUAUUAUAUAUAUUAGCCGGUGUAUGUCAUAUUUUUAUAAAUAUAUUAGUUUGUGUAUAUUAAUAUAUAUCUAUAUUAGCCGAUUAUUUUAUUAUCUCCUUGUCAGAGGAAUACACAGAUUCCGAUGGUUCUGUUCCCCAAUCUCCAUAUUCGACUCCAUCCUACCUCUCGCUGCCUCUCCAGUCCGAUGGGAAACACCACACCGAGGACGCGGGACUCUCCGCAUCCUCUGCGUCUGACAGCCCUAAACGUGGAUCCCGCAGGAAGAGUGAGCUGGUUUUACUGGGGUGUGCAUCACUUUUGGCUGCUGUCGCCCUAGGAAGCGACCUGUCGGAACUGGUGCCACAGGAAGAGAAAAGAAAGGGCAUCUUCCAGUGGGGAGGGAAAGGUCCUAGGAAGGGAUCCAGCUCGCCCAGCCGAACCUUGAAUAAAGGAGAAGAAGCAGUUAUUCCACCCACCUCGGUGACUCUCAUCUCAUUGUCUUCCCUCUCGGACUGCAAUUCCACCCGAUCCCUUAUUCGUUCGGACAGUGAAGAUACCGGUUUGGGGACAGACAACACGCCCAGCAGGCAUGGUGGGUCAGAGAAGGACAGAGGCAGUCAAGGCAGCUCUGGAUAUAACCCACUGGUAGACUACAAGGUAGAAAGCUUCAAGAAAGAUCCACGGCAGUCUCUGACUCCUACCCAUGUUACUGCGGCGAGAGCCAACUCCACCGUCGGCAAAGGCCACAGACGGACUCCAUCUGAUGGGGCCAUAAGGCAGGUGACGCCAGGCCACAAACGUUCUCCUUCAGAUGGCAGUACCCCUCAGCUCUGUGACACAGGUCAGUGACGCCACCUAGUGGCUAAAUGAAAAGGGAACAUUUACGCUCCAUGAACAAUGUGGGUAAAUUAAUCAUUCAGUUUCAGUCUUUUGAUCUGUAUUUGUCAUAUUGAGAGAGUGAUUAGUCUCCAGUUUACCCUAAUGUCAGGGCUGUAAUCUGCUAAUUUAAUAAAACAAUGGCUGAAGACCGAUCAGGCUCCCAGUAACGGCACCUUCAUUCUAAAUAUCUGCUACCAGCGGGUACAGGCCGAACCUGAGUCUGCAUGGUAACCCGUGGCAAGGCAGGUGUCUUUUGGACUUCAUUCCCAUAAUGCUUAGCACCCGUUAAACUGUCUGAGAGUCAUGGAGCAUGUAGUCCACACAUAUAGCUCUUUACCAGCAAACCAGUUAUUUCCUCAUCUGUUACCGAUGUCCUUCCUAAUAUUACCCCUUUAUAGCCCAUCGUGGUAAUUCUGGGGAGCGACCGGUCCAUGGUUCUUUUACCAUUCUUCGUGAAAACAAUCAUUUCUCAGUGAUCUUAGUGAAGUCACAUGCAUUGCCAUUAUUACUAUACAAAUAACUAAGAGAGGCUGGAUACAAGUUACUUUACUUGGUGAUCUGUAUAUUGAUAUACUGUGAGACACCAUUAUAUUGUGUGUUGUUUCCUCUAUUACUUACUAAUAAAAUCUUUACUAACAGGGAAAUUUAUCACCAUUCAGCCAAAACCCUAAGAACCUGCCCAUUCACCAUCAGACCCUGAGAAUCUGCUAUUUACUAAGAGACCCUGAGAAUCUGCCCAUUCACCCUCAGACACAGAUAGUCUGCCAUUUACUAAGAGACCCGGAGAAUCUGUCCAUUCACCUUCGAAAACAGAGAAUCUGCCAUUCACUAAGAGACCUGAGAAUCUGCCCAUUGACCGUCAGAUACAGAGAAUCUGCCUCUUUUAUCCAAUUUACCGUGGGAACUUGAGAAUGUGCCCAUUCCCCUCCCCAUUCCAGGACCCUGAGAAUUAGUGAAUUUCGCCUGAGAUCUCUUCUCUGCGAACUUAAAAGACCCAAGAAUACAGUUCAGUCUUUCCUUAAGUCACCAUAAGUCUUGGGGUCACCCAGAGUGGUUCGUGUUUAGUUGGUGAUUUUUCUCUAAUUUGUCUAUUCAGGAUGUUUUUCUCAAUUUUAUCUCACAGGUUCCAAAGAUUCCUCUCCCUUUCCUCGUCUACCAGAUCCCCACUUUGUGUUUCCACCCCCAUCCCGACGUAAGCCAACAGACAAGGACUUGGCUGUAGAAAGACCGACCACCCUUGAAUUUGCUCCUAGACCUCGUCCAUCCGCCAGCCGACCUCGUCUGGACCCCUGGAGAUUUGUCUCCAUCUCAAGGACACAGAGUUCCUCCACUCCGAGUAGUGGUGGGGAUGAGCCCACCAGCGGGUCUACAGAUGGCAUGCGGGUGGGGGGAACGGAGGAGACCUUGCUUGACAUGGAAGUGGAAGGGCAGAGCCUGGACAGCACUGUACCCCUUUGUGGAGUGGGGAUAGGGCCUCAGACUGACCCUUGUUAUAAUAUGGAUACAGACGUGUCUUAACAUCAGUGACUGCUGACAUGGAGUAUUACAAGGCCGCCAUUUUCACAGCGAGAAGGGGGUCUUUAUGAAUGUAUUUUGUGGUUGAAAAACAACGGGUAUAACUAGGAAUUAUUUAGGUGAUAUAAAAGCUGCAGGGACCCUAUGGACCAAGACUGAUAAACUUCAGCUUUCCAAUUGCUGCUGGACUGCAAAUCUCAUCACCAUCAAUCAGCUUCCAACAGCUGGUGGACCGUAGGGCCCGGCCGCGUGCGGCUCCAUCCGCACCGUGUGGGAUUCGAAUGGCUCCCUUAAUUUAACUACAUGUAACUGUCUUACAGAGAGGGAUAGCACUCCAGCUAUUCAACGGGUCAGGAGGGAGGGGGGCAGUAAUAAUCUGCAUGAGACAGAUCUAUUAAUAAAAUAUGUCGCCACUCUCAGUGUUAAUAUUAAAUCUCGAUAUUCGAUAAAAUCAUGCAUUAGAUGCAGGCCCAGCUGUCAAUAAAUAAAUCUGGAUCAUGUAUUCCGUUCGUAUAAGUAUCGAUGAACCGGUGACGUCUAGCGAAUAUUAAUCACAAUCAGUUUCUGAAGAAAGAAAGCAAAAUGUAUUUAUGACCAAGUAUCAAUGUCUCCAAACAUGGGAAGAAUAAAUGCGAUAUUAAGGCUUUGUCACAGUCAUUCAUUUUUCCUUCCACUGAAGAUGGAACCUUGCUUACCAGUAAUUAUCUUACUGCAUUCAUCUUCUUUUGGAAAAAGAGUAGCCUUAAACCGGUAUUUGUGUAACCCGAUUGCCCUACGCUAGACAUGGUGCUGGACUUAGCUCCUGUCCUAGAAGAUUGGCCGCCUACGAUUGUGCUUUGUCUAAUGUCCAGGGUUGUCCUUUCCUUAUUAGAAUUACCUAUGGUUUGGUGAUUUCAGCACAAUUAUCAAGAAACUUUCGGAAGUAGUUUGUCUUCCAAGAAAAGAAUGAAGUUCCUUUCAGUUGAUAGGAGUCUUAAUUUUGAACAUUGCUUUAAAUGUAUAUUUUGAGGGUUUAGGCCUUUAACGCUAAUCUAACAUCCCUAGUGAUUUACCUUAGUUCGGAACCAUUGGGCCUUUUAUAAAAUCAUUUUUACAACUACUUGAGUAAAAUAGGUCGAACUUUCUUCAGGUUCUCUUCAAAUAUUCUACUUUUGAUAAUGAAGAGUGGUCAGAUCCCCUACAUUAGAUAUAAACCUAGCGCUGUCUGAGCCUGCCCUGAUAACGUGCGGUCAGAUCCCCUACAUUAGAUAUAAACCCAGCGCUGUCUGAGCCUGUCCUGAUAACGUGCGGUCAGAUCCCCUACAUUAGAUAUAAACCCAGCGCUGUCUGAGCCUGUCCUGAUAACGUGCGGUCAGAUCCCCUACAUUAGAUAUAAACCCAGCGCUGUCUGAGCCUGUCCUGAUAACGUGCAGUCAGAUCCCCUACAUUAGAUAUAAACCCAGCGCUGUCUGAGCCUGUCCUGAUAACGUGCGGUCAGAUCCCCUACAUUAGAUAUAAACCCAGCGCUGUCUGAGCCUGUCCUGAUAACGUGCAGUCAGAUCCCCUACAUUAGAUAUAAACCCAGCGCUGCCUGAGCAGUCAGAUCCCCUACAGUCCUGAGCCUGUCCUGAUAACGUGCAGUCAGAUCCCCUACAUUAUAUACAAACCCAGCGCUGUCUGAGCCUGUCCUGAGAACGUCCCCUACAUUAGAUAUAAACCCAGCGCUGUCUGAGCCUGAUAUAAACCCAGCGCUGUCUGAGCCUGUCCUGAUAACGUGCAGUCAGAUCCCCUACAUUAGAUAUAAACCCAGCGCUGUCUGAGCCUGUCCUGAUAACGUGCAGUCAGAUCCCCUACAUUAGAUAUAAACCCAGCGCUGUCUGAGCCUGUCCUGGUAAUGUGCAGUCAGAUCCCCUACAUUAGAUAUAAACCCAGCGCUGUCUGAGCCUGUCCUGAUAACGUGCAGUCAGAUCCCCUACAUUAGAUAUAAACCCAGCGCUGUCUGAGCCUGUCCUGGUAACGUGCGGUCAGAUCCCCUACAUUAGAUAUAAACCCAGCGCUGUCUGAGCCUGUCCAGAUAACGUGCAGUCAGAUCCCCUACAUUAGAUAUAAACCCAGCGCUGUCUGAGCCUGUCCUGAUAGCGUGCGGUCAGAUCCCCUACAUUAGAUAUAAACCCAGCGCUGUCUGAGCCUGUCCUGAUAACGUGCGGUCAGAUCCCCUACAUUAGAUAUAAACCCAGCGCUGUCUGAGCCUGUCCUGGUAAUGUGCGGUCAUGUGCCUUAUAUAAUAUCUCAAAUUUCGUGAGGUUUGAAUAUACCACAUGUGGAGGGGUUUCUUUGAACUUGGUUUGAUGUUAUAAUUAGGAUAUUCAUUAAAAGUGAGUAAUUAAAUAUUCAGAGAUAAGCCCAGAAAUGUGGUUAAAAUGUAAUCCUUGUCUGAAAAAAAAAAAAGAAAGGCUCCAAAAAAAUGGAAAUGAUUAAAUUCAGACAUUUAUCAAACAAACUGCCAUUGAAUAGGCACAGUAGAUACGUAUGCUGGUGGAAAAGUGGUUACAUUACAGUAUUUAAAAAUGAAGAUUUAAAUAAAACAUUGGAGCCAGACCUCCUAUUAUUCUAAGGGGAGAGCAGGAAAUCACUUAAUCUGUGUUAAGAAUCCAAUCAAUUAAUUAAUCUUUUUAAUAAAAAGGGGCCAGGUUGGUUAACGAGAGUGUGCAACAGACUUCAUUUCUUUUAAAUAAAUGUAUUUAUUUUAAUGAUUUAUAUUAAUUGUUUAUUUAAUUAUUAUUAUUAAACUCUGGGACCUCAGAGCAUUGUGGGAAGAUUUCGAUCAUUUCAGAGGUUGAUACAUUUUGUGAAUAUCUUUGUGAAUUUUUGCCUUCAAAUUGCUCUGAUUGAUACUAAAACUGUGGAUGUUCAUGGCCAUAAAUUGUACGCUGACUGCCACGUACAUGAUGCAACAGAUAACGCCACGUGCAAGGCAUUGUUUGUUCAUAUUUAAUACCAUGUUUGGUUGUUUAGUAGCGUGGGAACCGUACUCCACAAUAUCUGGAGGACCAAAUGGAGAUUGCGUGUCUGAUAGGUUUCCUAUGGCACUUCCUAAGAGACAUCUCUGACUGUCGGAAUUUAAACUGUCAAGUUCUCUGAAUUAACCCCCUGCUGAGGAAGGAGGUAAGUUUGCAGCUCAGGAAGUGUCAUAUCAGGUAUAAAUCAAUAAUUGUAAAUGAAUUACAGAGGAAUUGUAAGUUUAUGCUGAAAUAGCUCGGCUAGAAUUAGAGUUCUGCUCGCCCUGGCUCCUCUCCAAGCACCAUGCUGCUGGAGUACCCAGCUGCCCACCCCUCUCCCCCAUUGUAAGGAGUCACUUCACUGCAGUGCAAAGCUGAGCUCAUUGGCUGAGAGUGUCAGCUAGGAGACUCCCACCCAUUACUGGGAGCAGAGUAUCGUAAAAUGGACAAUUUACACAGCAUUGUACCAGGCACUCUACUCUACACACCACCUGCUCCACCUUCUCAGACUCUCUCCCCUACCAAUGGCUACUCUACACAUCACCUGUGCCACCUUCUCAGCUUUCUCCCCUACCAAUGACUUCUCUACACGCCACCUGUGCCACCUUCUCAGCUUCUCUCCCCUACAAAUGGCUUUUCUACACGCCACCUGUGCAACUUCUCAGCUUCUCUCCCCUACCAAUGGCUUCUCUACAAACCAUCUGUGCCACCUUCUCAUCUUCUCUCUGCUACCAAUAGCCACACCACCUGUGCCACCUACUCAGCUUCUCCCCCUUACCAAUAGCCACUCUGCACACCACCUGUGCCACCCUCUCAGCCUCUCUCCCCUACCAAUAGCCACUCUACACACUACCUUUGCCACCUUCUCAGUUUCUCUCCUGUACCAAUUGCCACACUACACACCACAUGUGAAACUUCUCAGCUUCUCUUCCCUACCAAUGACUUCUCUACAUGCCAGCCUCUUAGCUUCUCUCCCUUACCAAUGGCUACUCUACACAACACUUGUGCCACAUUCUCAAACUCUCUCCCCUACUAAUAGCCAUUUUACACACCGACUGUGCCACCUUCUCAUCUUCACUCUGCUAACAAUAGCCACUCUACACACCACCUGUGCCACCUUCUCGGCUUCUCCCCCUAAUAAUGGCUUCUCUACACACCACCUGUGCCAUCUUCUCAGUUUAUCUCCUGUACCAAUAGCCACUCUACACACCACAUGUGCAACUUCUCAGCUUCUCUUCCCUACCAUUAGCCACUCUACACGCCACCUUCUCAGCUUUCUUCCCUACCAAUGGCUACUCUACACAUCACCCGUGCUACCUACACAGCUUCUCCCCCCUACCAAUGGCUUCUCUUCACGCCACCUUCUCAGCUUCUCUCCCCUACCAGUGGCUACUCUACACACCACCUUCUCAGCUUCUCUCCCGUACCAAUGGCUGGUCUACACACCACCUGCGCCACCUGCUCAGCUUCUCUCCUUUACCAAUGGCUAAUCUACACACCACAUGUGCAACUUUCCAGUGACUUUAAAGCAUUACUGUAUUAUUAUUAUUCCCCCCCCCCACUUUUGUCUCCUUAAUUACAGAUAUCAAUUGUACAGUAUAACAGGCUGUAAGUAUACACACUUGUAGACACCCUAUAAGGGAUCACACUUGCUUGCAUUGUAUCAUCUGUUUGUAAAUACUAAUCAACACUUGAGGGGUUCUGUACAUAUGUAUGCGCACCAGCGCUUUUCUGUUUUGUGAUUGUUUCUGUACCUUAUUACCUGGGUAUAUUGUGGGUGCUGCAAACCUAUUUAGAUUUUAUCUUAAUUUUUUGCGCCAACUUAUCUACUGCAUAUUUUUUCUGUAUUAUUAUUAUCAUCAUCAUUCAUUCAUAUCCAGGAAUUUUUGCAGAGCUUUACAAUCAUGGAGAUAUUUAACAAGUAACCAACAAGCAAAAAUAACAUUGACCGACACAAGCGGUAAAAAAGGCUAUGCUAAAAAGAGCUUACAAUCUAGGAGGAAGAGAUGUGAAAGGAGUAACGGAAUGCCAAAUGAACAACAUGUCAGGGGGAGGAGAGGGCAAUAAAUAUUACGCCUGUGUCGGGUGAAACUUGUAAAACCAGUGUGUGAAUGAAAAGUUCUGCGUCACAGAGGCCGAGGAUGUGGAGGGUUUCUAUGAGAAAUCAGCAGCAGAGAGUAAUGACCUCUGGAUUUAGUAAAUCAUUAGCCAGACACGUUGUUAAGGGCCAGAAGCCAGAUUGAAGAGAAUUGCAAUAAUAUUCACUAAAGUGAGAGUUCAAUUAAUUUCAAAUUUAAGGCCAAAUUAGCCAAACUAGAAACAUUCUCUAACUCAGCUAUACUUUCAGUUCUGCUCCUUGAAUCCACUCUGAAUUCUAGCGUUGGUAAAUAACCCUGUUCGUAUUGAUGGGUAAACGCGUUAGAAGUCUUAGGAGUGAUGGGGAGAAUCGAUAUGGGACCCUAGUUGGAAGGUGAAAACAAUUUGCUGAGACACUUCCUGGAGAUAUAUUAAAAUGUCAGAGUUUUACAUCUAGUUUUCUGUGAAAAUUUGGCACAAUUUAUUAAUUCUGACUUGUUUUGUGCCCUGUCAUUUCUUAAUAUACAGCAUUUUUGGGCAACACCGUAUUUAUUAUUAUUUUAUUAUUUAUAUAGCGCUAUCAGAUUCCAUAGCGCAGUGGGUAUUUAGCAAUCUUUAUGAAACUUUUUCAGACAGAAAAAACUGUAACUUGCCAACUGGCACGCAAUAAUGCACACAUGUACUGCUACACAUACAUACACAACCUACUACACAAAUACACACACAGAUAUAUACAUACACACUGAUAUACCCAGACACACUGUUACUGAUACCUAUUCUGAAGGAUGUGCUGUGAUCUAUAUAUACCUGUGAGUGUCACCAUGAGCUUCAGGUGAAAGUUCCCCACUUCUGAGUUUGUUUCUAACUUUUUGCCACGUGCUAUUUGUUAAUAUUUACAAUUUUGCAUGAUUCCUUUAUCUUUUUUUUGCAUAUUCACUGGCGUUAUUGGAAUUGUUGAUAUCCCUGGGCGGGAAUUGUAACGCCACAUGCUUAUUACUCCAGGGGAAAGAUACCGGUGAGUCUAUUUCCUAUUUGCAGUUAUGCACUAAAUAUGCUUCAGGUCAUUUCUACAGUUGAACAUAAUUAAAGUCAUUAGUGAAUCCGACACUACUUGCAAUCUAACCUGGCUCCCAGCGUAGCAGCCGUGUGGGGAAACCGUCUGAUCUGGUUGCCAGCAAUAUGGGACAGGAGCCAAAAACAUGGACCUUUCCUGGCAAAAACGGGACAGUUGGCAAUUAUCAAAGAAGUAGGGCCACAAAAUGUUUUUUUUUUCGGAUAGGAUUGAAAACUGUAUGUUUGAGGGAAGCUGGAGAGAAAGAGUAGAGGAGAACAACUGGGGAAGAGGAACAUAGGAGGAGAACAAGUGAGUGAUGGGGAGAUUAGAGCGAACAUGUGAUGGAUGGGGAGAAAGGAGGAGAACAAUUGUGUGAAGCAGGGAGGAACAGGAGAUAAAUGCACAUGUAUCUCCUGAUCAGAGCCAAAUAAAAGGAAUUUAGACUGGGAAAAAGAACAGAGGUGGAGGGGGGAACAUCUUUUUUAAUUUGGUCAGUCCGGUCAAUAAAGUGACCUGCAAAAUAAAUAUCUGGCUGUGAGAUUAGUGUGAGAUGGGGUCUCUGUGGUAUGGAAUUAGUGUGAGAUGGGGUCUCUGUGGUAUGGAAUUAGUGUGAGAUGGGGUCUCUCUGGGAUGGAAUUAGUGUGAGAUGGGGUCUCUGUGGGAUGGAAUUAGUGUGAGAUGGGGUCUCUGUGGGAUGGAAUUAGUGUGAGAUGGGGUCUCUGUGAGAUGGAAUUAGUGUGAGAUGGGGUCUCUGUGGGAUGGAAUUAGUGUGAGAUGGGGUCUCUGUGGGAUGGAAUUAGUGUGAGAUGGGGUCUCUGUGGGAUGGAGUUAGUGUGAGAUGGGGUCUCUGUGGGAUGGACUUAGUGUGAGAUGGAAUUAGUGUGAGAUGGGGUCUCUGUGAGAUGGAAUUAGUGUGAGAUGGGGUCUCUGUGGGAUGGGGUCUCUGUGGGAUGGAGUUAGUGUGAGAUGGGGUCUCUGUGGGAUGGAAUUAGUGUGAGAUGGGGUCUCUGUGGCAUGGAGUUAGUGUGAGAUGGGGUCUCUGUGGGAUGGAAUUAGUGUGAGAUGCGGUCUCUGUGGGAUGGAAUUAGUGUGAGAUGCGGUCUCUGUGGGAUGGAGUUAGUGUGAGAUGGGGUCUCUGUGGGAUGGAGUUAGUGUGAGAUGGGGUCUCUGUGGGAUGGGGUCUCUGUGGGAUGGAAUUAGUGUGAGAUGGGGUCUCUGUGGGAUGGAAUUAGUGUGAGAUAGGGUCUCUGUGGGAUGGAGUUAGUGUGAGAUGGGGUCUCUGUGGGAUGGAGUUAGUGUGAGAUGGAGUUAGCAUGGGACGAGGUCGCUGUGGGAUGGAGUCACUGUUGGAUUAAGUUACAUAACUGCUUCUUCUUCAGCGUUUUGAAUCAUUUUCAGUAAAUCACUGAUACUCGUGGGGGAAACUUGGUAGCUGCCAGGACUCACAGCAAUAUGUUAUUAUUACCCUAGAAAGAGAAAUCUGGCUGUGCCAUCAAAAUGUAUAUCCAGUUUAUUAAUAGUGACAGCAAGCCAGCAAUGACUGGUACAGUUACAGUAACAAACCAUGUUUAUUUAGAAAUGCUAUGAGGGGAAUAAAAUAUCAAAUAAUGCUAAUUAUGCAGAUUUCAUAUUGGUUUUCCAGCGUCAAUACACACAUUAGAUUUUAUUAGACUCGCGCACCGUGCCAGAGCCCUCUAUCAUACUGACUAGAUUGCGAUUUUGUAGACUGAUUAUUUAUAAUUUGUGAGCCUUUUGGGUGCUGGGGGUGAUUUUUUAAUUUUGAGCCGUGAAGCUCGGUAAGGUGUAAGAGACAAGAUCUGUCUGGAAACCUUAAAUCCCGAUUUUAUUAAAGACACGGAGGCGAGUAAAUGUAACAUUUGAACAGUUAUAAACAUCAUAUCUGACAAUGUCCGCCUAGUAACAUGACCCUCCAAUCAGUGACAUCCCUUUCCUAUAGUAGGCGGAGCAUCGAUGACCACUUCCUCUUUCUUUGCUGCUCCCUCAGAUAAAUAGAACUCUCACAAUGCUCCAAAACUGUGACACCUAUUGUGAUUGUAAUAUAUUUAAUCUUUGGUUAUAACCAUAUUUAUUUAACAUAUUUAUAUAACUGUGUGGUACCUUUAAAUACUAAACCCUAUUUGUGGUACCUUUAAUAGUUCUUAAAUAAUAUUUUCUGGUAUUAGUCCUGUUGUUAAUCUUGUUAUUAAUCCUGUUUUUAAUCCUGUGAGAACCUUUAUAUUUUAUUCUUAAUCAGUUGCUUAUAUACACUGUGUGUGAUUAACUGUAACUGCUUGUCGCGGGUUCGGAUUCCCGCGUAACCGCGCAUGCGCAUCCCAUCUGAAGCGCACAGCGGCCAUCUUACAACCUGGCUGUUUUGCCCUGUCGGAACGGUUUCCGACCGCGCACACAGCCAUCGCUGAGCCUUCCCCAUUAUCGGUCACCUCGUUUCUGAAGCACCUUGGCCCCCCUUUCACCACGGCAGCAUCUCUUAGUGCACACUUCUUCCGCGGUGGCCAUUUUAUCGCCGUUUUCCCACCCAAUCUGUUACCCAACCUUCCUUAGUUUUACCUCAUUAACUGGUUGGGGAUGAAACUGUUUUUCCCUCAUCUGAGGAAAUUCAGACAAUUAUGGGCACUACUGUGUCAAAAGCCUUGGCUUCUGCAAUGGACAUUAUGUCCUCAUCUCUGUCAAAAUCUUUCGCACAUGCGAUUUUACAGGCUCAAUCAGCGGUCCCUCCGGCAGCUAUACCAGCCGCGAUACCAGCAGACUCUCACCCUACACACCCCAGCCGCAAGGCCUCUGCAAAAAUAAAGCACUCCUCCAAAAAAAUGAUGGACAGUUCUAAACCUAUCUCAGAUGGCGUGAAUAAUCCACCGCGCAAACGAGCCUCUAGCCGGGCAAAAGCGGCUAGGCAUUGGAAAUGGGCUAAAGCCCAACCAGAUUGUACUGAGUCCGAACUCAGCUCAGACGAGGAGAGUGUGUUGUCACUGGCAUCAGACCAGUCUAAUGAGCUAUCUGACUUAGAUUCAGAUUACGGAUUUGGCGAGGAUUCAAAAGCCUCUACCGAUUUACAUAUCGCAGGCACAUCUAACCCUGACCUAAAUAAAGGGGAUAAGAUACUCGACCCACAGGGCGAACCCCUGUUUGAACCCAAUGAUUUGCGCCACCCCCGCUCAGCUGAGUGGUCGCCAGCGGAACAUGUGGCACAAUAUGUGGCAUCCCGGGUCCGCAAGCCUCUAGAGAAAGCGACCCGAAAUAAGCUAAGGGCUGAAUGCCCACGCCCCACUGUUCCUGAUUAGGCCUGUAAGACACCCCUAGUUGAUCCCCAAAUUAUCCAAUUCCUGAGUAAAACAGGAUUGAAGCCGAAAAAAGGCUUGGAUUUUUAAUUAUAUAUUUGCCAGGACAAGGUCCUAGAUAUAUUGGGACUAGCAACCAAAAUAUUUGAAGCUGUGGAGGAAUCCUUGGCUCGAGAUGAGGUCCUAGACUGCCUCACGAUUAGAGGCUGGAUCCAAAGAAUUAUAUGCCUCAUUGGCAACGCUAAUACCGCUCUUGCCACAGAGCGCCGGAAAUCUAUCCUACUAUAGAUAGAGCCUAAACUUAUUCAUAUGGCAAUCACAGAACCAGGCCCUCAGGCUAAAGGUUUCCUCUUUGGAGACUCAUUUGUCAAAGACCUGGGCGCAUAUGUCCAGACGUUUACUGCCUUGGACAAGGCACAAUUAAACAUGAAACGGGUGUUCCACCCAAAGAUUUUUUCUGGGGCCGGCAGAGCAAGGAGCCGUCUGUCCGGCAGAGCUCCUAGAGGUUCACGACAACCGAACCGAGGCUCCUACAUGGGGAGAACCCCCUUUCCAGAACAGAGGUCCACCCCGACCUUCCCUCAAACAGGCAGACCAUGGGUGUCAAGAGGUUCACGAGGUGCUCCUUCCAGAAGACGUCCUUACGGUAAGCUACCUCAUUUUUCUUCUCAUCUCACAGUUGGGGGCAGACUGACACAUUUUUCCCAUGUCUGGGCUCGCAUUACCUCAGAUAUCUGGAUACUCAAAGCAGUCCACGGAUAUCUCAUAGACUUCAUAUCCCUGCCUGUCCAACACUCCCCGCCGAGGGAGAUUGUUUUUUCCCGAGCAGAUACCAUCCUCGUUUCUGAGGAAAUCCAAGAGCUGGCAUUCAAAGGGGCUAUUCUAGAAAUCCCGAUGCAUACUCUGGGUGGCGGAAACCGCCCAGACAUCAACCCGAAACAUCUAAAUUCCUACGUAAAUAACCACCAUUUCGAAAUGGAAGGCAUUCAUUGCUUACGAGAUCUGCUCCAACCAUCGGACUGGAUGGUGAAGCUCGAUCUACAGGAUGCGUACCUCACGGUGCCCAUCGCGGAGCCCCAUCAGGACUACUUGCAAUUCACUUGGCAAGGAAAGAAAUGGCGAUUCCGCUGCCUUCCUUUUGGUCUCUUUUCCGCGCCUUGGUGCUUCACCAAGCUCAUGAAACCAGUGGUGGCCCUCCUUCGCAGUCCAGGGAUUCGCCUAAUCAUAUAUUUGGACGACAUCCUCCUGCUGUCCCAAUCGGUGCCCCAACUCCACACUCACCUCGGUUGGACCAUAACAGUAUUACAGAAUCUAGGCUUCAUUGUCAACUGGGAGAAGUCCAUGCUCGUUCCAACUCAGAGGAUAGAAUUUUUAGGACUCCUAGUGGACUCAGUGACACAAACCCUAUUCUUACCUACCUCCAAGAUGAGGAAUAUCAAAAAAGAGAUAAGACAUGUCCUAGCCUCCCCACAACUAUCUCUCAAAAGCCUGGCCCGUGUCAUUGGACUCCUGGCUGCCUCCAUACAGGCCAUUUUUCCAGGUCCCCUCCAUUACAGAGCCCUCCAAUGCCUACAGGCGUCAUACCAGGUGCCUCAUACGAAGAUACCCUAACGCUAGACACAGAAGCGAAAGAGGAACUCCGUUGGUGGUUACGACACAUGGAGGCGUGGAAUGGCAAAGCCAUUUUCGGCUCGGCCCCAGAGAUAGUCAUAGAAUCAGAUGCGAGUUCUUACGGAUGGGGAGCUUGUUGCGGAGGCGUCUCCACAGGUGGACGUUGGUCGGACUUGGAGUCCACCUUGCAUAUAAAUUGUUUAGAACUCCUAGCGGGGUCCUUUGCAAUCCGCAGCCUAUCCCCGACCCUGUCCCAGUACUCAAUAUUACUGAAAAUGGACAACAUCUCAGCGGUCCGUUAUAUAAAUCAUCUGGGAGGCACGAGAUCCAAAAUCCUAGCAAAUUUGGCUCGGGACUUCUGGCAAUUCUGCCUCCAACACAACAUCGCUGUCAGGGCAGAAUAUUUACCAGAGCGGAUUGGUAUUCCCGUCACCUACGGGACUCCAGCGACUGGCACCUCGACCCCCCAUAUUGUCUGCUACAUCUGGGACCUAUGGGGCCCUCUAACUAUAGACUUGUUUGCCUCUUGCUUGAAUACCCAACUCCCAAAAUUUUUCAGCUGGAGAUCAGACCCGAUGGCUUUGGCUACGGAUGCAUUCUCCAAAGACUGGUCCACCUCCAGGAAUUAUGCAUUCCCCCCAUUUGCCCUUAUCCCGCGGUGCCUGCUUCACCUACGACGCCACUCAGGCUGCCUAGUGCUAAUAACUCCCCUCUGGCCCUCACAGCCCUGGUUCCCUUCGUUGCUAGAGAUGACUAUAGAUCACCCAAGACUCCUCCCUGACUCCCACUACCUUCUACGGGAUCCCGACGGGACCGCCCAUCCCCUGAUCCUUCAGGGCCUCCUCCGCCUCACGGUGUGGCUAAUUUCAGGGGACCCUGGGCAAUCGAGGGACUUUCGCAAUUGGCUCUCCGACUUCUCGAGGGCGCAUGGGCACCUGGCACGAGACAGUCUUACAAGUCUGCUUGGCGCACAUGGGAUGAUUGGUGCGUGGCAAGGCGUGUGCAUUCCCUAUCAACUCCUGUGAUGAAUGUCCUCCAAUUUCUAACCUCCCUCUACGAGGAUGGGAAAGCUUAUCGGACGGUGAAUCUCUACUGAUCAGCGAUUUUAGCCGGCCACGCCGGUAUUGACGGUACCCUGGUGGGGCGACACCCGCUUGUCUGCCGCCUCCUCCGCGGCAUCCGAUUCGCAAGGCCACCUUUAACUCGUUAUUCCUCCCUCUGGGAUGUCUCGCAGGUGUUGAAUUUCCUGACUGGAUGGCCAGACAACCAAGCUUUAUCCCUAAAGCAACUCUUGGCUAAGCUGGUCAUGUUGUUAUGCCUAAUCUCCUGUAAAAGAGUAUCAGAUGUUAGGGCCCUCGAUGUCAGCGCCCACUCCUUCUCCCCGGACGGAGUCGUCUUUGACAUUUCACGGAGGACAAAAUCGUCCUCACGGUCAGUCCGAUACUCGACCUUCCCCACGAAACCACUCCUGUGCCCUGUAGCAUGUCUCAAAGCAUACGAAGCUCGUACCGCUCCUCUCCGGACCGGUCCGAACCCCCAGCUCUUUAUCUCCUUCCUCAAACCACAUGCUCCGGUUUCCACUCCCACCUUAGCCCGCUGGGUCAAGUGGCUCAUGUCCUUGGUGGGCAUUGAUACCUCCAUUCUUUCUCCGCAUUCAGUUCGUGGAGCCAUGGCCUCCAAAGCUUCCUCUGUGGGUUGUCGUUUGGAAGAUAUAUUGAAAGCAGCGGAUUGGUCCACGGAAACUACUUUCCGUAAUUUCUAUUUCAAACCAAUCCAACAUGUCACAGAAGCCGUGAUAUCACAGCUUUAAACUAGCAUAAUAGGAGCCUCCGGGUCUUUAAUAAAAUUCAAAGAUUUUACAAUUAUCAUGACGGAAAGUCAUAAUUUUAUUAAAGACACGGUGGCGACUAUUAUAUCCCACCCACCCGCCCCUAGACGGCUUGGAUGUGGGUGCAGGUAAGUGACGGACAACCCAUAGUAAGUUCAAUUUGACGUUACAGAUGCCACUGCAUACCUACAUUACUCUAGAGUACUACUUAAUAAUGGGCUUUAUUUGUCACUGUUAUUGGCAGACUACUUGUCGUUUUCAUACUAAGUUUAUGAAUUGCUAUCAAUGUUUAAUCGGACGAUCGAACCUCUAUAACCUGACCAUCCUCGAUUUCUGGAAAUUACCAUAUUUUCUUAUUUCUUUUAGCGUGACUUGGUUGGAAAGCAUUCCCUGAAGCUCAGGCAUGAGUCCAGUUCGUUUGUUUGUCGUUCUUGUUUGGAAUUGAAUUAUUCUUCGGGAUUCGCAAGAAAGAGGAAGGGGUCAUCGAUGCUCCGCCUACUAUAGGAGAGGGAUGUCACUGAUUGGACGGUCAUGUUACUAGGCGGACAUUGUCAGAUAUGAUGUUUAUAACUGUUCAAAUGUUACAUUUUCAAAUAAUAUUUCUUUGCUGCUGAGGGAAUUAAAGAAAGAGUGCAGCAUAAUACUCGCCUCCGUGUCGUUAAUAAAAUCAUGACUUUCCGUCAUGAUAAUUGUAAAAUCUUUGAAUUAUUAUGCUAUUAUGUUUAAACACAGCAUUAUGCUUACAUGUGAAAUGAUUUAAUAUUUCUUGACCAUUAGCCAUUUUCAUGUUCGUGUAUAACGUCAGUGUUUGUGGAAUAGUUACUGAAUACUGCUCCCUAUUUAAUGCACGUGGUGUUCACUUUUCGGUAUUUUUGUUUAUAGAUUAUAUCAUUAUUUGCCAAAAUCUGGCUAUAUGUCAAUCUAUUGAUUGAUUGAUAGAUUGUCAAAAUGUGUUUAAAUUACAGUUGUAUGGCUCGAAGGGAUAUUUAAAAUCAUGGUCUUCACUUCCUGCUAGCAGAGCGAUAACUGCCUUUCCAGGUUCUGUCUGAUGGCUGAGCUCAGCCAUCAGUUAAGUUUCCAUUUCACAAUUUCAUUUAGAGAUACCUACGUAAACUACAUACUUAAGAGAAGCACCAUGACCACUUCAGUGAUUUGUAGUGGUCAUGGUGCCUGGAAUCGGUGUGGGUAACAUUUCACUGUGAAACGCUGCACAUACCAAGUUUAAUCCCUUGGCCGCCGGAGGUGUAACGCCACUUCCAGCAGCGCCAGGGGCGUCAUUAGGCAGCUCCGAACUCGUGAUUGUCACUUCUGAGAGUGAUCAGCCAAUGGAUGGUAACUGGAGCAUCUUAUGGAUUUCACAGCUCUGCAGAAGCUGAAAGUGUGUCACCCAGGAGGAGAGGUGACCUCGGAGCCCGGCAUGGACCCAGGUAAGAGGACAAACUAUUACUAAACAGUUUUCCCCUUUAUUGGGGAACUGGGCCAGGAACUCCUGGCAUCAUAACCAUUAGAGUGAGCUGUGGUGAUUAUGGUGCUUGGAGUAGCCCUUUAAAUAUGGCUUACCAAUAAAGCAAAACAAAACAUGAUAUAGCCAGAUUUAACAAAAAAAUUUAUUAUACGAAAAACAGAAAUAUCGAAGGUCGGCUUUAAUGUUGGCAAGCUUAUUGAUACGCAUCACAUAAUUAAAACAGACGUUUUGAAAGGGAAAAAUAACCCACAAGAAUUUAUAAAUACUAUGGAUUAGGCCAGAUUAUCAUCAAUAAUUAUUGCUAAUAUAAAUGUUGUUUCUGUACACAUUUUAGAAAUAUUAUUUAUCAUAAAAAUAUUAUGCCUCUAUUAAUUGUUUAAAGGGGAACUUCAGGGGACAUAAAUUCUUAAACAUUAAAAUCAUCUACAAUAUGUGUAACCUUUUUUAAAUAAUGCUCCAUUUCAUUUUAAAUGUAAAUUAAAGUUUUAGUUAAUGACAUCAUAAUCCAGUUCAGACAAGGCACAACCAAGGCACACAAUGCAAAUGAAGAGGAGAAAUAAAUACAUUGUUUCAUUUCUCUUCUUUUCUUUCCGCUCUCUCUAUGCUGACUGCCAGGUGUAAAGGGCAGAGCUUAUAAAAAUUAUUGACAUGGAGCUAAGGUGGAGGCGCCUAUUUGCAGGUGAAAGAGGGAUGUAUAUUUACAUUUUAUUUCUUUGUAAAUACAUAUUUGUGACGUACAGGUGGUAAGCAAAGAAUAUUAGAGAUCUUGAAAAGUGACACUCCCCCUUUAAAUGAAUGUAUAUAUUGUUAGGAGUAGUUUUAUUUCAAAUAAAGGCCCUGUGUUCAGUAUUUGUAUUCAGUUUUGAAGAAUGCAUUUAAUAAAUAUAUAAAACAAUAGUUAAUGUUAGGAUUAAAAUGGUAUUUAAAACACAUAUUUAUAUUUCUUGUAAAACAUAUUUACAACAUUUUAACCAAUAUUAUAAAUCGUUCUAAGAUUUUACAAUGUUAAUACUUCUAACAAAGUAAUAAAGCUAAAGAUUUUAUAAAUUAAAUGGGCAAUACCUCUAAAUAGUAAUAAUUUAAUAAAAGCUUCAUGGUGCUGGAUUGGUGAGUCAUUUUAGCUUUUAUCAAAUAACACAUUUAAGUACAUUAACUAUAUUUAUAUAUCAUAUAUAUGUACACAUAGGUCUAUACAGAUAUAUACAGCAUAUACAAGCACAGCACAUGAUAUAUCACAUAUAUACAUCAAUCUGUAAACAAAAACAUUGUCAUUAUCACCGUCUUCCUGAGAAAAAAAAUACAGACACCAAGUUGUAUAAUUUUAUUUACAAAACAAAAGCUUUAAAUUAAUUUCGGGACGUUACAAACUUAUUCUGUUGUCCAUUGUUCCAGCACAGUAAAUAUUAUUUGCCCUGUACCCCAACUCGUGCCUAA